UCCUAUUUACAUGGUAUGGAAGCCUUAUCAAACUUGAGGGAGCAUCAACUUCGAUUAAUGUGUGAAACUGUGAGAUAUGAAAGACAUGAAGCAAAUGAAGUCUUGUACUACCCUGAUGAUAUCGGGACCUGCUGGUACAUCCUCCUGUCUGGUUCUGUGUUCAUUAAGGAAUCCAUGUUUCUUCCAAGGAGCAGUUUUGGGAAGCGUUCUGCAGGAAGCUUUAGGCGUGGCUGUGAAUGCAUUGUUUUAGAACCUUCUGAGAUGAUUGUGGUGGACUAUAUGGAUGAAAAUGAAGAAUACUUUCAACGUCAAGCGUCUCAUCGGCAGUCUCGGAGGAGAUUUAGAAAAAUCAACCAAAAGGGGGAAAGACAAACAAUUAUUGACACUGUGGAUCCUUAUCCUGUGGAUGGCUACUUGUCACUUCCUGCAGAUUUCACAAAGCUGCACCUUGCUGACAGUCUCCACCCACAGGUGACCCACGUUUCUUCUAGCCAUUCAGGAUGUAGUAUCACUAGUGACUCUGGAAGCAGCAGUCUCUCUGAUAUCUACCAGGCCACAGAAAGUGAGGCUGGUGAUAUGGACCUUAGUGGGUUACCUGAAACUGCAGUCGAUUCCGAGGAUGAGGAUGAUGAAGAAGACAUUGAGAGGGCAUCUGAUCCUCUGAUGAGUAGAGACAUUGUGAGAGACUGUCUUGAGAAGGACCCAAUUGACAGGACAGAUGAUGACAUUGAACAACUCUUGGAAUUUAUGCACCAGUUGCCUGCUUUUGCCAAUAUGACAAUGUCAGUGAGACGAGAACUCUGUGCUGUAAUGGUGUUUGCGGUGGUGGAAAGAGCUGGGACCAUUGUGUUAAAUGAUGGUGAAGAGCUGGAUUCCUGGUCAGUGAUUCUGAAUGGUUCUGUGGAAGUUACUUACCCGGAUGGAAAAGCUGAGAUACUAUGUAUGGGAAACAGUUUUGGUGUCUCUCCUACAAUGGACAAAGAAUACAUGAAAGGAGUAAUGAGAACAAAGGUGGAUGACUGCCAGUUUGUCUGCAUAGCACAGCAAGAUUACUGCCGUAUCCUCAACCAAGUAGAAAAGAACAUGCAAAAAGUUGAAGAGGAAGGAGAGAUUGUUAUGGUGAAAGAACAUCGGGAACUUGAUCGAACAGGGACAAGAAAAGGUCAUAUUGUCAUCAAGGGAACCUCAGAAAGAUUGACAAUGCAUUUGGUGGAAGAGCAUUCGGUGGUGGAUCCGACAUUCAUUGAAGACUUUCUGUUGACCUAUAGGACUUUUCUUUCUAGCCCAAUGGAAGUGGGCAAAAGGUUGUUGGAGUGGUUUAAUGACCCGAGCCUCAGGGAUAAGGUUACACGGGUAGUAUUACUGUGGGUGAAUAAUCACUUCAAUGACUUUGAAGGAGAUCCUGCGAUGACUCGAUUUCUAGAAGAAUUUGAAAAUAAUCUUGAAAGAGAGAAAAUGGGUGGACAUCUGAGGCUGUUAAAUAUUGCAUGUGCAGCUAAAGCCAAACGAAGAUUGAUGACAUUGACAAAACCUUCUCGAGAAGCUCCUUUGCCUUUCAUCUUACUUGGAGGCUCAGAAAAGGGAUUUGGGAUCUUCGUUGACAGUGUCGAUUCAGGGAGCAAAGCAACUGAAGCAGGCUUGAAGCGUGGGGAUCAGAUACUGGAGGUCAAUGGUCAGAACUUUGAAAAUAUUCAGCUCUCAAAAGCCAUGGAAAUUCUUAGGAAUAACACACAUUUAUCUAUUACUGUAAAAACCAAUUUAUUUGUAUUUAAAGAACUUCUAACAAGAUUAGCAGAAGAGAAAAGAAAUGGUGCCCCUCACCUCCCUAAAAUUGGAGACAUCAAGAAGGCCAGUCGCUAUUCCAUUCCAGAUCUUGCUGUAGAUGUAGAACAAGUGAUAGGACUUGAAAAAGUCAAUAAAAAAAGUAAAGCCAAUACUGUUGGAGGAAGGAACAAGCUAAAAAAGAUACUUGACAAGACGCGAAUCAGUAUCUUACCACAGAAACCAUAUAAUGAUAUUGGAAUUGGCCAGUCUCAAGAUGACAGCAUAGUAGGAUUAAGGCAGACGAAGCACAUUCCCACUGCCUUGCCUGUCAGUGGAACAUUGUCAUCCAGUAAUCCUGACUUACUGCAGUCACAUCAUCGCAUUUUAGACUUCAGUGCUACUCCUGAUUUGCCAGAUCAAGUGCUAAGAGUUUUUAAGGCUGAUCAACAAAGUCGAUACAUCAUGAUCAGUAAGGACACCACAGCAAAAGAAGUGGUCAUCCAGGCUAUCAGGGAGUUUGCUGUUACUGCAACCCCAGAUCAGUAUUCGCUGUGUGAGGUAUCUGUCACUCCUGAGGGAGUAAUCAAACAAAGAAGACUUCCAGACCAGCUCUCCAAACUUGCUGAUAGAAUACAGCUCAGUGGAAGGUAUUAUCUGAAAAACAACAUGGAAACAGAAACGCUUUGCUCAGAUGAAGAUGCUCAGGAAUUGUUGAGAGAGAGUCAAAUUUCCCUGCUGCAGCUCAGUACUGUGGAAGUUGCCACACAGCUCUCUAUGCGAAAUUUUGAACUCUUCCGCAACAUUGAGCCUACUGAAUAUAUAGAUGAUUUAUUUAAACUCAAAUCAAAAACCAGCUGUGCCAACCUGAAAAAAUUUGAAGAAGUCAUUAACCAGGAAACAUUUUGGGUAGCAUCUGAAAUUUUGAGAGAGACAAAUCAGCUGAAGAGGAUGAAGAUCAUUAAGCAUUUCAUCAAGAUAGCACUACAUUGUAGGGAAUGCAAGAAUUUUAACUCAAUGUUUGCAAUCAUCAGCGGCCUAAACUUGGCACCAGUAGCAAGGCUGCGAACUACAUGGGAAAAACUUCCCAACAAAUAUGAAAAGCUGUUUCAAGAUCUCCAAGACCUUUUUGACCCUUCUAGAAACAUGGCCAAGUAUCGCAAUGUUCUGAAUAGUCAAAAUUUACAGCCUCCUAUAAUCCCACUGUUUCCAGUUAUAAAGAAGGAUCUCACAUUUCUUCAUGAAGGAAAUGACUCUAAAGUAGAUGGGCUGGUCAAUUUUGAGAAGUUGAGGAUGAUUGCAAAAGAAAUUCGCCAUGUUGGCCGAAUGGCUUCAGUUAACAUGGACCCAGCCCUCAUGUUCAGGACUCGGAAGAAGAAGUGGAGGAGUUUGGGGUCUCUCAGCCAGGGUAGUACAAAUGCAACAGUGCUAGAUGUUGCUCAGACAGGUGGUCAUAAAAAACGGGUACGCCGUAGUUCCUUUCUCAAUGCCAAAAAGCUUUAUGAAGAUGCCCAAAUGGCACGCAAAGUAAAGCAAUACCUGUCCAAUUUGGAGCUUGAAAUGGAUGAGGAGAGCCUUCAGACAUUAUCACUGCAAUGCGAGCCAGCAACCAACACAUUGCCUAAAAAUCCUGGGGACAAAAAGCCUGUCAAGUCAGAGACCUCCCCAGUUGCUCCAAGAGCAGGGUCGCAGCAGAAAGCACAGCCCCAACCUCAGCCUCAGCCUCAGCCCGCGCCACAUAAAAUCAACCAAGGACUUCAGGUUCCUGCUGUGUCCCUUUAUCCUUCACGGAAAAAAGUACCUGUGAAGGAUCUUCCACCUUUUGGCAUAAACUCACCACAGGCUUUAAAGAAAAUCCUUUCUUUGUCUGAAGAAGGAAGUUUGGAACGUCACAGAAAACAAGCAGAAGAUAGCCUUUCAAAUGCAUCUUCACAGCUUUCUUCUCCUCCUACUUCUCCACAAACUUCUCCAAGGAAAGGCUAUACUUUGGCCCCUAGUGGUACCGUGGAUAAUUUUUCAGAUUCUGGUCACAGUGAGAUUUCUUCACGAUCCAGUAUUGUCAGCAAUUCGUCCUUUGACUCUGUCCCAGUUUCACUGCAUGAUGAGAGGCACCAGAGGCAUUCUGUCAGCAUUGUGGAAACAAACCUAGGUGGGGGCAGGAUGGAAAGGCGGACCAUGAUCGAGCCUGAUCAAUACAGCUUAGGGUCCUAUGCACCAAUGUCUGAGAGUCGAGGUUUAUAUGCAACAGCUACAGUAAUUUCUUCUCCAAGCACAGAAGAACUUUCCCAAGAUCAGGGGGACCGUGCUUCCCUUGAUGCUGCUGACAGUGGUCGUGGGAGCUGGACUUCAUGCUCAAGUGGUUCCCACGAUAACAUACAAACCAUCCAGCAUCAGAGAAGCUGGGAAACACUUCCAUUCGGGCAUACUCACUUUGAUUAUUCAGGGGAUGCUACCGGCUUCUGGGCUUCAAGCAGCCAUAUGGACCAAAUCAUGUUUUCUGAUCAUAGCACAAAGUACAGCAGGCAAAAUCAAAGUAGAGAGAGUCUUGAACAAGCCCAAUCCCGGGCAAGCUGGGCGUCUUCCACAGGCUACUGGGGAGAAGACUCUGAAGGUGAUACAGGCACAAUAAAGCGAAGGGGUGGGAAAGAUGUUUCCAUUGAAGCCGAAAGCAGUAGUAUGCCAUCUGUGACCACAGAAGAAACCAAACCAGUCCCCAUGCCUGCUCACAUAGCUGCAUCUUCAAGUAAUACAAAGGGGCUCAUUGCACGGAAGGAGGGCAGGUAUCGAGAGCCACCACCGACUCCUCCAGGCUACAUUGGAAUCCCCAUCACGGACUUUCCAGAAGGGCAUUCUCAUCCAGCCAGGAAACCUCCGGACUACAACGUGGCACUGCAGCGGUCGAGGAUGGUUGCCCGGCCCUCAGAGAUGCCAGGGUCCAUUCCCGGACAGCAGCCUCAUGGACAUCCAGCGAGCAGCAGGCCUGUGAACAAACCUCAGUGGCAUAAACCAAAUGAGUCAGACCCACGCCUCGCUCCCUAUCAGUCUCAAGGGUUUUCCACCGAGGAAGAUGAUGAACAAGUAUCUGCUGUUUGAGGCACAGGCUUUCCUGGAUCCAGAGUGAACCGCC